AUGGAUUCAACGGCUCGUGGCCACGCCCCUUUGUGUCGAACCAGCAACCAAAGAGGACUUGGAACACGUCUCAAUCCAUAUUAUCAAUCAACUCCACAUCAACCAAUGGUACAAUCAAUGUCAAAUCCAAUUGGCUCCUACGGAGAACAAGGAAAUGCUCAAAUUAUUGGAAGUUCUGGGCAGGUGCUUUCAACUGGACCACCGCCAGGAUUGGCUCCAGUUCAAUGCAAUGAUUUUGACUCUUGUUACAGUUCUUGCGACGAUAUAUCCCAUCCAUCACUGAGUCGCGAAUCAUCGGAUCCAAGCAAAAUUGAUGAUGACCAAACAGCGCCAAUGAUAAGAUAUCCAGCACCGGAAGUUGUUGAAUUCGCCACGAAAUUGGGAUAUUCGACAGAGCAACUAAGUCACGUAUUGAAUACAAUUGGUGUUGAUUCUAGAAUGGACGACGUGCUCUCAGAACUUGUAAAAAUGGGUCUUCCUGGUGGUAAACCAGAAAAUUCUGGAAAAUCUGGAAGUAGAAAUUCUCCUGAACCAAUCAUGACUUCCUCUGCAUCGUCUUCUUCUGCCUCAUCAUCGUCAAGUCAUCGUCCUAUUAGACAAUCAGUAUCAAUUGCCACGUCAUCACCUGCCACGUCAUCAUCCACACCAUCCAAAUACAACCCGGAUCCAAGUUUGAGAGCUGUGGUUGUUGAUGGAUCAAAUGUUGCAAUGUUACACGGCCGUAAAGAAGUCUUCUCGUGUGCAGGUCUCCGCGAGUGUCUCAAUUAUUUUCUGGAACGGGGACAUCCGGAAGUUCUCAUAUUUAUUCCCCAAUACAGAAGAGAACAACCACGAUCGGAUAGCCCUAUCACAGAUCAACAUAUCCUACAGGAAAUCGAACGACAUAUCAUUUAUACUCCUUCUAGAAACGUUAACGGUCGUCGAGUUGUCUGCCACGACGAUAGAUAUAUUCUCAGGACUGCUGAACUAAAAGACGCUGUAAUUGUGUCAAACGACGAAUAUCGUGACUUGACACGUGAGAAUCCUGCGUGGAGGAAGAUUGUCGAGGAGAGACUUCUUAUGUUCACUUUUGUUGAGGAUAAAUUUAUGCCACCGGAUGAUCCAUCAGGUCGUCAUGGUCCGCGAAUCGAAAGCUUCUUAUCAAAAGUUCCUGUAGUUUCAUCAAAUCCUCUUGUGUGUCCAUAUGCAAGAAAAUGUACAUAUGGGAAUAAAUGCAAAUUUUAUCAUCCAGAAAGAGCAAAUGGGCAACAUAUGAGUGUAACUGAGCGAUUGAUGAAAGAGAAUCAACAGAAAAAAUCAUUGGGUGCAGUAAAAUCGAUGCAAUACGAAAUGUUCAAGAACAAGCAUGCAGCUUUAUCACGUACUCAAUCAUUGAAUGUUGUUAAACAACUCACAGAAAACAUGUCCCAACUUCCUCCAACUCCUGAGAGCCCCAUGCAAAUGCCACGUCAGCAUAUGCAAUUACAACAAGCAAAUAGUGCUCCAUGGCAACAACAUACAGUUGUUCAAAGACAUGGAUCAUCUCCAUUAACACCCGUAAAUCGGCAAAUGAAUGUUUAUCCAGAUAUGUAUAACAUGUCUCAACAACAAAAUCAUCAAGUCCUUCCUAACCAACACGGAGUAAUUGGGGGUCAACGUCCGCCGAAAAUGACAACUACAGUAUCCCAGACACACCUUUUCGCACCUUCGACAGCUGUUUGGGGACACUCUGAAUUAUCCGUUGGACCUGUGAAUACUGGAUCUGAUGAAAGUCUAGCAGAAGUUCGUUCACGUGUACAUUUUCAUCUUUGCAACAUAUUUCCGCAUGAUUUCGUUGAAUCUGUGAUGGCAGCCAAUCCAGAAGAAGUAAAUGCUCCGGUGCUUUGUGAGCUCAUUAUCCGAGCUCAAAAAGAGUACCGAAAAUGAUUCAAUCAAUAUUAUUAUUUAUUACAUAUUCUCACCGAAUAACCUGUUACCCAACCUUCCAUCCCCGUUCCAUACUCGGUUCAUUUGAUUUUUUAAGAGAUUUAUAUUCUUAAAAAGCGUGUUCCAGUGUGAGUGAUUGCCACGUAGAAUCAUUCUGAUUCAAAGAUUUUUAUUUAAUUAAUUAAUUCAUCCAUAAGUGACGAAUUUGAUAAUGUUUGUAUUUAAAUUUUUGUAAAGAAUGUAAUGAACAUUUGUAUUU